GUCAACACUUCUCUAACGAGGUGGCACUAUUGGUGAGUUGGAGCCAUAGAAUCGUCUUGCUGCUUUAGGGGACGGCUGGGUUUAAAAGGCGAUGCCCGGCUUGCCCCCCUUUUCCCAGACUGGAAGCUUUGGCUUAAGGUCAUUGGCAGGCUUGCUGUUCUUGUCCCCAGCAGCAGCCUCCGCUGGGCCAGUAGCGUGUGACUGGAAUGGAAGUUCAAGUUGGUAGUCUGUUAUGGAAACGCUGUUUGCUGUUAUUGUAGUAUCGUGGUGACCAACAUGCCAUUGAAAUGGAAAACGAGUUCUCCUGCUAUCUGGAAAUUCCCAGUUCCUGUGCUUAAAACAUCCAGGUCAUCGCCACUUUCUCCAGCAUACAUAUCUCUGGUUGAAGAGGAGGACCCUCACAUGAAAGUAUCUCUUGGGAGCAGCGAUAUGGGUGUGUCUGCCCAUCUGCAGUCUUCCAAGGCAGGGACCACGAGAUUUUUCACCAGCAAUACUCAUAGCUCAGUGGUACUACAGGGUUUCGACCAGCUUCGAAUAGAAGGUCUGCUUUGCGAUGUGACGCUUGUGCCAGGCGAUGGGGAUGAAGUGUUCCCUGUUCAUAGGGCGAUGAUGGCAUCGGCUAGUGAUUACUUCAAAGCCAUGUUCACAGGUGGGAUGAAAGAACAAGACUUAAUGUGCAUUAAGCUCCAUGGCGUGAACAAAAUAGGUUUAAAGAAGAUCAUAGAUUUUAUUUAUACUGCAAAACUUUCUCUCAACAUGGACAACCUCCAGGACACUUUAGAAGCUGCCAGCUUUUUACAGAUCUUGCCAGUUUUGGACUUCUGUAAAGUGUUUCUUAUAUCUGGGGUUUCCUUAGAAAACUGUGUUGAAGUGGGACGGAUUGCCAAUACGUACAACCUCACCGAAGUGGAUAAAUACGUGAACAAUUACAUCCUCAAGAACUUUCCUGCAUUGUUAAGUACUGGCGAGUUUGUGAAACUCCCCUUUGAGCGCCUUGCCUUUGUCCUUUCGAGCAAUAGCCUUAAGCACUGCACUGAGCUGGAACUCUUCAAGGCUGCCUGCCGCUGGCUGCGGUCCGAGGAGCCGCGGAUGGAAUUUGCUGCAAAGCUCAUGAAGAACAUCCGGUUCCCACUGAUGACCCCGCAGGACCUUAUCAACUACGUCCAGACGGUGGAUUUCAUGAGGACUGACAACACGUGCGUGAACUUGCUCCUGGAAGCCAGCAACUACCAAAUGAUGCCCUACAUGCAGCCCGUUAUGCAGUCGGAAAGGACGGCCAUCCGCUCGGACAGCACCCACCUGGUCACGUUGGGUGGGGUGCUGCGGCAGCAGCUGGUGGUCAGUAAGGAGCUGCGGAUGUACGAUGAAAAAGCACACGAGUGGCGGUCGUUGGCGCCCAUGGACGCACCCCGGUACCAGCAUGGCAUCGCUGUGAUUGGGAACUUCCUUUAUGUCGUUGGCGGUCAGAGCAAUUAUGACACGAAAGGCAAGACGGCGGUUGACACUGUGUUUAGGUUUGAUCCCCGCUAUAAUAAGUGGAUGCAAGUGGCUUCUUUAAAUGAAAAGCGGACCUUCUUCCACCUAAGUGCCCUCAAAGGACAUCUGUAUGCAGUUGGUGGUCGGAAUGCAGCUGGCGAGUUAGCCACCGUGGAGUGCUACAAUCCCAGGAUGAACGAAUGGAGCUACGUGGCCAAAAUGAAUGAGCCCCACUAUGGCCACGCGGGGACUGUCUACGGGGGCCUGAUGUAUAUUUCAGGAGGCAUCACCCAUGAUACUUUCCAGAAGGAACUCAUGUGCUUCGACCCCGACACGGACAAAUGGACUCAGAAGGCUCCGAUGACCACAGUCAGGGGCCUUCACUGCAUGUGUACUGUUGGCGACAAGCUGUAUGUCAUUGGUGGAAACCAUUUUAGAGGAACCAGUGAUUACGACGACGUUCUAAGCUGUGAAUAUUACUCACCAACCCUAGACCAGUGGACACCAAUUGCUGCUAUGCUCCGUGGUCAGAGUGAUGUCGGGGUGGCUGUGUUUGAAAAUAAAAUCUACGUAGUUGGAGGAUAUUCGUGGAACAACCGCUGUAUGGUGGAAAUAGUUCAGAAGUAUGACCCGGAAAAGGAUGAGUGGCACAAAGUCUUUGACCUCCCAGAAUCCCUUGGGGGCAUCCGUGCCUGCACUCUGACAGUGUUUCCUCCUGAGGACAAUACAGGGUCACCUUCUAGAGAAUCUCCUCUUUCGGCACCUUGAGAAAUAUCCCUGGACUCGCAAUGUCGUCGUUCCAACACUGUUGCACUGCAUCAUGGGUUCUCCUUUUGUCUUUUUCUUCAGUAGUAUCUCUUAAGGCUUACCCAAAAGCGGUCAACACAGUU